UACUUAAUUUUACGGAUUACGCCGUUCAUGGUGGAUUUUACAAAUUUGAAAGGUAAACAUUCGCUCUUUAGCGUUGCUGAUUUCUUUGUCAUGUUUAAUUAGCUAGUUAUGAGGAAACUGCAGCGGACCCGUUAACAGCAGUAUGGAGAUGGAUCAUAAGAUUAAGGACUUCCAUCCAGAUGGUGAUGUGCCCGUUCUUUCGACAACAAUGAACAGCACAUCGCUUUUGGUAGCCCAGGAACUGGAUGUCUUCGAACACCUGUAUCCAGCUGUUGCAGACAUAUUUGUGGUGAUACUUUGUGGUUAUGUUUGUGGUCGCCUUGGUGUGAUCUCCGAAAUGCAGAGCCAUGGCCUCGAUGUAUUCCUGUCAAAAUUCGCUCUUCCGGCUAUGCUUUUUCGUGCAAUGGCUUUGUUGGACUUCAGCCGAGUAAACUGGAGGUUCUUCUCAGCUGUGCUGAUAUCCAAAGCUGUCGUUUUUGCCGCUGUGGCUGUCGUCGUAUUACUACUUAGUGCCAAAUCUGUGAGAUAUGGACGAGCUGGAAUUUUUGCAAUAUUUGCAACGCAGAGUAAUGAUUUCGCGCUCGGAUAUCCGAUAGUUGAAGCGCUCUACAGCAAAACAUAUCCAGAAUUUCUGCAGUAUAUAUACCUAUUGGCACCGGUUUCGUUGGUGAUUUUGAAUCCUAUCGGAUUCUGUCUAAUGGAAAUUCAGAGCGAGCGCAAUGCGAAAGAAUUUGGCUCGCAUGCCGUGACAUCGUUUCCGUGGCUUCGAACUUCCUGGAAUAUUGUUCGAGGUUUAUUUACCAACCCGAUCAACUCCAUGACAUUCUUGGGUUUUUUGGCCAAUUAUAUUUUUGACCACAAAAUUCCACUGAUAUUGGAUGGAUUACUUUCCACAUUCGCCAAUGCCUUCUCAUCCGUCGCAUUAUUUUUCCUGGGCUUACGCAUGGUGGGAAAAACCCAGAAUUUUCGUGGAUUCUCGCUGGUAGUUCCUGCUUUGCUGAUUCUCGCUAAAUUAUUGCUGACGCCACUAGUGACACGGGCUGUCGUUGGGCAGUUACAGCCGAACAUAAGCGACAGCGAAUAUCUGAAUGUGGGAUUUUUGUACGGAACGUUUCCGACUACUCCGACGGUUUUUGUUUUUGCCACCCAGUACAGCAAAGAAAUCGAAACUAUUGGUACAUCGUUGGUAUUGUGCACAUUUGUAUCCGGUCCGUGGAUGUUCAUCUCAGCCGAAAUAAUAUCGCUUCGGUCCAUCGAGCGCGACAACUAUGCAGAUUUGCUUUUGUCAACAGAAUUUCAAGUCGGUAUUAUCAGCAUGGCUGGUUCUCUGUGGGUUGUUUUGGUGCUCAUCUUAUCCAAAAGAUGGCGACGUGUUCUCCAUAGUAUGACGAUCGGUUUCCUAGUAAGCCACAUGAUGUCCAGCUUUGGUAUGAUGCUCUGGAAGUUGGGUGAUCCCUACUCCAGUUGGCAGCACCAUGCACAAUUUUUCAUGUUUUUCACCGGUGUGAUAGCCAGUCGGAUGUGGACAGCAGCUAUCGCCGUAUGUUUGUGGCUGCUGAACGUUCGCAGUCUGUGCGUCGUGUUGAGAAUUCGCUGGUUGGUUUUUGGAUUAUGUUUUGGAAUACCGCCUUUGCUUACGGUGAUUCUUAUGGCCGCGGGCGAGCACACGCGACACGGUGAAAACCCGGCUUUUCAUUACGGAGAUGCACAGAUUAUACUGAGCGCGAUAAUUUUAUCCCUCUGUUUCUUUGUGACUGUUGUCUUCCUGGUGCUGGGAACUAUGCGGCGCAAAGUUACGAAAAUUGACAUCUCGGAAUUGAGCACGCGGUCUGCUGAACCGUACGUUGAUGAAGAUGUAGCUACACCUUUUGCUAAUGAGAUAGAGGAAGAUCUGGAAAACGAUACCGUUUUCAGUCGCAGAACCGAAAUCGUGGAUAUAGAAGAUUUGACGCCGAUGGUGGAUUUCAACAGCGAGCGAUACGAUGCCACUGGCAGUAAUUCCCGGCAGGUUAAAAUCUGUAAUGUAGUUGAUCCUCAUUGUACCGAGAGAUACAGCUGCAAUCCGACAAUGCGUCGAAGCUGUCGCUUACGGACCAGGCACUAUUUCGCGCAAAUAAACCGACCGGGACUCCAGGAACUAGCGGACGAGAAAAGCAUUGUUGAUGAUCAACUGGAUCCAUACCAGCAGCAGCGUCAUAUUAUCUUUUUGAUAAUGCUGAGCACCUCCAUGUUAAUUGUCAAAUCCGCGUUGAAUUUAGCAGUUAAAUUAUGGAUUUCGAUCAAGACUAUUUCGGGCUCGGGAAUAUUCAUUGGUUUGGAAUUUUUGGAUGGGUUACUUAUGUUCGGACAAGGAUGUCUCGCGUUCGUUGUGUUUGGAUUUGAUACGCAGCUUGUUAUAUUGCCUCUGUAUCGCAGAUGCAAAAGUUUCGUUAUGAAGAGGUUAUGUGUGCCUUUUUGGUGAUAUCGCUGUGAAGUACUGUACGGAAAUGCAAGCCAAAUUCGCCUUGGCGUCGGUCUCCAUGUGUUCAAAAGAACAAGCCGCACUUUCGGGAUAAUGCGGUCUGUGUAGUCCAGCAACUUCAGCCUGGUCAUUUUCGGGUGAUGCGCUUAGUUGUUAAUCUCGGCUUUUAGUUUUUUUUAUUUCUAGGCUAUCUUUGUUGAAUCUGAUGCUGUUCGCAUUUGUAUCGGGAAAACCAUUCUGAAAUUUCUGUGACAUUCUAAAAGUGUAUUUUAUUAUUUUUUUAUAAACGGUGUGGUAUUUGAAAAUUAUCUGCUGUGAAUUCAGUAACUAAUUUUGCAUAUAAAGC